AUGACCUCAGGACCAGGAGGAGACAUUUUGGACCAAACAUGUGUAAUCACGAGAGCUGUCGCAGAAAAACAUAUUCUCUCAGAGCAACACAGCACUGGCAGAGGGAUGGGAGACCUUAGGCCUUGGUCGCAGCAGAGGGAUGGGAGACCUCAGGCCUUGGUCGCAGCAGAGGUAUGGGAGACCUCAGGCUUUGGUCGCAGCAGAGGGAUGGGAGACCUCAGGCCUUGGUCGCAGCAGGGGGAUGGGAGACCUCAGGCUUUGGUCGCAGCAGAGGGAUGGGAGACCUUAGGCUUUGGUCGCAGCAGAGGGAUGGGAGACCUUAGGCCUUGGUCGCAGCAGAGGGAUGGGAGACCUUAG